AGUUGUUGUUUGCAGAUUGGUGUUAAAAUGCAUGGAAGCAAAACUGACCGCGCAUGUUGAGAAGAGCAACAUGUCAUGCGAUUUCGAUAACCGCGGUUCGUUACUCCGUUGCGUCUGCAGCCACUUCGGAAGUUGUGGACUCGGUGAAGGAGCCAUAUGUAGAUUUCGAAGAGAACGUUCGACCCAAUCCACACCUCUCCCUAUUUCCAUCCCCAAAAGUGGUUGUUCCGACCUUUGAGCUGACGCGAAGGUUAGGUACGGUGUUUUCACAGACUAUCUACCAGAUAUUCUUUGAACGAAGUUAUAACAAGGAAGGAUUAGUGCGGGCUGCCAAUGAGGGUGUGUCUGUGUUAGGCGAGUGUAUAGCAAAUGAAGAAUGGAAUAGGAUGAGCUUCAUUGCUACGAAAGCCUUGGUAGAACAAACGCAGUUUGCUAGGAAACGAUGCACCCCCGAUCAGCUAGCCUUGCUGCGAUUCAGCCCUGACGAUGCUGUUCUGUCAUUCAUUCACUCUAGUUUUCUCUCUGCUAGAGACUUCAGGAACAGAAAAGCCGAGCAAGGCAUCGUUAGUAUCUACUUCACCAUCGCAUCUUUUAUCCGUAAAAAUCAAUCUGUGCCAUGGGAAGCAACCCUUCCACAACUGCUGGCUAAGUAUAGGAAGGACGUGAUAGUCUCAAAUGUUACGUUCGCUCGGAACAUAAGUCCCCUUGGGCAGUGGAGAGCAACUGGAGUGAAUUUUUUUGAGCUUGAUGAUAUCAACCGUCAAUAA